AUGGAGAGGCCAAUACCUGCACCGAGGUCGUCAACCACCCAACCACCCGGAACGGCCACUCACCCCGCACCGGCAACGUCACCAUCACCGGCCACCCUCAACUCCCGCCAGCGACGGAACCAGAAACGGAUGCGGGAUUACAAGGCGACGAAAGCGUCACAACAACACCGCCUGCAAAAACAGGCACCAACCCCCAGCACAGCCCCCGAGACGACACCGGACCCGUCGCAGCCAGGGCCCGCCGUCUCAAACCUCACCGUGGCGACGGGGCCGGAAGUGACCCACACUUCCGGAGCAACCGGGACCACGGAGGAGCCAACAACCGCCACCCCUCAAACCGCGGCUAUGGAAAUAUCCCCGGAAGAGGAGGCGGAGCUGUUGAGUGAGACGAACAUGCGUCAGGUGUGGCUGACAGAAAGAGCCUUAGCCGAUCCCGCAGCUGGGCCACCAAGACCAGUGAGAAUGCAUUUCGUUGAAGACGCGGCCCGGGAUAGGGGCCGGAACAACCUGCCUACCGCAAAUGAAGUAGCAGCCGUGUUCGUAGGUGAACUAUGA